AUGUACUUCUUCCUUAAACAAUUGUCUUUCUUAGAUCUCUGCUAUAUCUCUGUUACUCUCCCCAAUGCCAUUACAGACAUCUGGACCAGCAGUAACUCCAUUUCUCUCUUGGGAUGCAUGCUUCAAGUUUUCUUUGUUGUUUUCUUAGCCUGUACUGAAAUGGCUUUGCUCACAGUGAUGUCCUAUGACCGCUUUAUUGCCAUCUGUCACCCUCUGCAUUAUGAAAUCAUCAUGAAUCCAUGUACCUGUGUGAAGAUGGCCAUUUAUUCAUGGUUCAGUGGUGGAGUUUCUGGAAUUCUCCACACAGCCACCACAUUCUCUUUGCCCCUCAAAGCUUCCAAUGUGGUUCAUCAAUUUUUCUGUGAGAUCCCUCAGUUACUUAAACUCUCUUGUUCAGAGAAGUACUUUGCUGAAGUUGGGGCUGUUGCUUUCACAUCAUCACUGAGCUUUGUCUGUUUUGUCUCCAUUGUCCUUUCCUAUAUUCACAUUUUCUCUACUGUGCUGAAGAUGCCAAAUACUGUAGGUCAGUCCAAAGCCUUCACCACCUGUGUUCCUCACCUGGUUGUUGUGACUUUUUUCCUCAGUUCUGCUGCAGUGGCCUAUUUGAGACCAUCUGCAAGUAUUCCCUCUAUUUCAGACUUACUGGUUUCUGUGUUAUAUACCAUUGUGCCUCCAACUCUAAAUCCUAUUAUUUAUAGUCUAAGAAACAAAGAAAUGAAGACUAUGGGAUUAUCUCUUUUCAGAGAAAAAGGUGACAAAGAGGAUGGCUAUGUAGAUGUCUACAUGGAGAGCAUUGUAGGCAAAGGGAUUGUUGUGACAAAUGACUUAUAG